AUGGCUCUAGAAACCCUGCAGACUAUUUCUCCCAUCACCAACCAGACCAUCGUGACUCGCACUGGCAUAUCUUCAGAGGAACUCGCCUUGCUCCCGGAGACUGCACAGAAGGCUUUCCGCUCAUUUUCGCAAAAUACGACCUUAGCCCAACGUCAAGAAAUUGUCGCACGAGCCCUGGGGAUUCUCGCUAAGAAGAAGGAUGCCUUGGGACAGGAGAUAACCGAGCAGAUGGGCCGGCCCAUCGCAUACACGGGCGGCGAAGUUGCCACAGCGAUCAAAAGAGGAGAAUUCUUGAAUCGCGCCAGCAAUUCGAUACUUGGGGAAGAAGGCACCGUGGACGGUGAGCCGGAGAAGGGUUUCAAACGUUAUAUCAAAAGAAAGCCCGUCGGAGUCGUAUUGAUUAUUUUUGCAUGGAAUGUGGGUUGCAUAUCUCUGUCUCUGGGAAUUUUAGGACUUGAAACUGAUCUCACGUCUUCUUUUGAGCAGUACCCUUACCUCAUCCUCGUUAACAGCUUGAUCCCUGCUAUCCUCGCUGGAAACGCAGUCAUUCUAAAACCCUCUCCACAAACUCCCACAGUAGUUGAGCAGGUCGCGUCUGCUUUUCAAGAAGCUGGACUCCCACAGGACGUGAUACAAUACUUCCAUUGCGGGUCUUUGGCUCAGUUGCAAGUCCUUAUUCGAUCGCCGCUCGUCAAUCAUAUCUGUUUCACUGGUUCCGUUGCCGGAGGAUUGGCGGUCCAGAAGGCUGCAUCAGAUCGGAUUAUCAAUGUUGGUCUUGAGCUUGGAGGCAAAGACCCCGCCUAUAUCCGCGGUGAUGUGGACAUCCCUUGGGCUGCGGAAGAAAUCGUCGAUGGGGCUAUUUUCAACAGCGGACAAAGUUGCUGCGCCAUCGAGCGGGUCUAUGUACACGAGAGUAUUCACGACCAGUUUGUUGAGGAAGUUAAGAAAGUCCUCAGCAAGUACCGGGUUGGUGAUCCUUUCGAUAAGAAUACACAGAUUGGACCCGUCAUCUCGCGACGAUCCCAGGAGACAUUCAAUGCACAUGUUGCAGAAGCUUUGGCCCACGGUGCAAAGGAUGAAACUCCAGAAAAUGAAACAUUCAAGAACAUGCCCCCCGAUGGUAACUUUGUGAAGCCCACGCUUCUCACUGGCGUCACGCAUGAUAUGCUUGUUAUGAAAGAAGAGACCUUUGGACCCGUUAUCCCAGUCAUGCGAGUGAAGAGUGAUGAAGAAGCCGUGAGGCUGAUGAAUGACAGCGAAUUCGGUCUUACAGCUAGUGUAUGGACAAAAGACGUUGCGGCAGCGGAGUCGAUUAUCGACAAGAUUGAAGCCGGCACGGUGUUCAUCAACCGGGCCGAUUUCCCAAGUCCGGAUCUGGCUUGGACCGGAUGGAAGAACUCCGGACGAGGCGUGACACUAAGCAAGUUUGGGUUUGACCAAUUUGUGAAACUGAAGAGCUACCACGUCAAAGAUUAUCCGAAAUAA